CGAGCAGCGAACGUGGCAGCAGCGAACGUAAAGCAAAGCAAAAUCAAAUCAAAAACCAAAGGCAAAAACUCAGCAAUCGAAGCAAAGCGAAGCGAAUCGACCAAAACAAAACUCUGGCCCAAACAGUCCAAGUCAGAAAGUUUUCAAAGAUAGUUCAUCAAGUGCUCGCUAUCAUAAAAUAAAUUCAAUUUCGAUUUCAAUUUCAAUUAUCUGGCGAAGCGGCGCCAACUAAGCCAAGUUAAUUAAAUUGAGUAAAUUUCGUUGUCGCGCUUUCAUUUUCAUUUUCGUUAAACGAUCGCGCGCUGUAAAAGAAAAAAUAAUAAUAAAAGCGAAACAAAAACAAAAUCCAGAGUUUCGCCUACAAAAGAAAUGCUAAACAAUUGCCGUUAAGUGAAAUUGUCAUUGUUAGUUGCGGACAGUAUAACAGAUUUAUAGCGGUGUAUAGCGGCAUUUGCGCAAUUGUGAACGGCUCGAUACGAUUCGAAACGAAAUAUCGAACAUCGAGGCGAAUUUUUAUGGUCAAGUGUCUGCGUCUCUGACCAUUGUGCAACUCCCAGCCACUUAACCUUAACAAUCAUUAUUUGGCAAUAAAAACAUUUGGCACAAUCAUUUCGUUCAAGUGUGCCCAAGUACGUCUCGAAUACCCCUACCAAACACCGCCGAAAUCCCAAUCGCACUUUUACCCCGCAAAACGAAAGCAACGAACCCACGCGGCGCUAAACUCGAGUAGCCGCAGCAGCAUCAGCAUAGGAAGAAGAAGAAGGAGAACGGAGUAGAAAGAGACUCACGAAGAAAUAGUGCAAAAUGGUUGAGAAGACAGACAUGUCGAAAUUCGUUGGCGUUGCCGACAUCACGGAGAACAAGAAAAUCUGGCGCAUGCUGCUCGGCGAGCUGGUGGGCACAUUUUUGCUUGUAUUCAUUGGCGUUGGCAGCACGGCGACCGGAAGUGCGACAGUGCCGCAGAUAGCGUUCACCUUUGGCUUAACGGUGGCCACAUUGGCACAGGGCCUUGGACACAUCAGCGGCUGUCACAUCAAUCCGGCUGUGACUAUUGGCUUCUUGAUUGUCGGCGAGAUGAGCAUCCUGAAGGCGGCCUUCUACAUAAUCGUGCAGUGCGUGGGUGCCAUUGCCGGGGCUGCAGUCAUCCGGGCAGCUCUUAACGGAAUGCUCACCGCCGGACUCGGUGUUUCCUCGUUCAAUGCCACGCUGGAUGUGGGUCAGGUGGUGUUGAUCGAGGCGCUGAUCACAUUCAUACUGGUGUUUGUGGUCAAGGCUGUGUCCGAUCCGGGUCGCCAGGACAUCAAGGGAUCGGCCCCAUUAGCUGUCGGCCUGUCCAUUGCAGCGGGACAUUUGUGUGCGAUUAAUCUCACUGGCGCCAGCAUGAAUCCAGCUCGCUCCUUCGGACCAGCCGUCGUCCAGGGCAUGUGGACCGACCACUGGGUCUACUGGGUGGGACCCAUUGUGGGCGGCAUUGUUGCUGCCAUCAUCUACAAGUUCGUCUUCAAAGUGCGCAAGGGCGACGAUGAAGCCAACUCUUACGAUUUCUAAGGCCACUCUCCUAUCUCUCUGCCUUUCUCUCUCUCUCCCUCUCUCUAUUUCUCUAUCUCUCUCUAACCAAUCAUAAUUGUCUCUUUGUUCCCACGGGAACACUUUCACGAUCUGGUUGUUGUAUCGCCACAUGUGCGUGAGUUGCUUAUGCACAUUUGUCUUUGCCUCACUGAGAAUCCAUCGAAUUCGUUUCCACUUAGAUUAGCUCAACGAGAGCCUCACCAUGCAAAUUGCAUCAUUUUUAUUUGUUAAAAAAUAAAAAUCGCUUUGUUGUAGUCGUACUAACACCUAAAAUAUAUUGAAUAUUCUAUGUUUAGAGCAUAAGAUAAGUAAAAUUCGCAUUAAUUGGCCUUAGCUACACCACUUGCAGCACAGAAUCGAGACUCGAAAUGCGAUUUGCUAAGCCACAACACCGAAUUAUUUGUUACAAAUUGUUAUUGUGUCUAAGUAAAUAAUUAUCCAGCACAAAUGAACAUAUUUCAUAAAUUAC